UUAUCAUUUAAAUAAAUUCACCUCUCUUUACACCCUUAUAUAAAUCCUCCCCAAGAAUCAAGAUUCUGACACACAAAAAUCAUGGUACAAACUAAGAAAUUCCGAGGUGUUAGACAACGCCACUGGGGAUCUUGGGUGUCAGAGAUUCGCCACCCUCUCCUGAAGAGGAGGGUGUGGCUGGGGACUUUCGAGACGGCGGAGGAGGCGGCCCGGGCCUACGACGAGGCCGCCAUACUGAUGAGCGGCCGGAACGCGAAGACCAACUUCCCUGUUCCAGCCGCUGAUCAGGACAAUGGCGGGGGCAGCAGCCAGAUGCCCCCGCCACAGUCUAAUAUUCCGGACGCCUCGCGCUCGGCUUCCCUGUCUUCGAUCCUGAGCGCAAAGCUCCGGAAAUGCUGCAAGUCGCCGUCGUCGUCGCUGACGUGCCUGAGGCUCGACACCGAGAAUUCGCACAUCGGGGUUUGGCAGAAGCGGGCCGGGUCUCGGGCCGACGCUAGCUGGGUCAUGACGGUGGAGCUGGGGAAAAAGAAGGCGGCCGCCGGAGACGCUCAGGAGCCACCGCCGCCGCUGGCGCCGCCGCCUGCGGUGGCGGGGAAUGGGAUCGAUGAGGAGGAGAGGAUGGCUUUGCAGAUGAUCGAGGAGCUUCUCAAUCGGAAUUAAUUAAUUAAUUGGCGUAUGCAUGCGUAUUUUAAUUAAUUAUUAGUGAUUUUCUGAUUUGAUUAUGAUCGAAUUGAAUUGAUGUUUCAUUUGAUGUAUAUGGAAAAUCGAUAAGGAUGAUAGGAGUCAUGGGAAAAAAGGGGGUUCCAAGGCUUUGUUAUGUCCAAUUUGAGUAUAGUGUUUUCAUCUGAAUUGUGAAGGUGGAUAUAAAUGCUAUACUUUGUACGAAUUGAAAUAUUUCAUAUUUUUA